GCUGUGAGGCGGUUUAUGAGGCACGGCUGGCGGCCGGGCAGGGCUCAGUGUGAGGCGAGCCGUCGAGCGGGCAGGUCGCUGGUGCGCCCCGUGCAGCCGUUAGCUCCCACCGCACCCCGCAGCCAGGCCGAGCCACCAUGGCUGAUCAACUGACAGAAGAGCAGAUUGCAGAAUUCAAAGAAGCUUUUUCACUAUUUGACAAGGAUGGUGAUGGUACUAUAACCACAAAGGAGUUGGGGACUGUGAUGAGAUCACUUGGUCAAAACCCCACAGAAGCAGAAUUACAGGAUAUGAUCAAUGAAGUAGACGCUGAUGGCAACGGCACAAUUGACUUCCCAGAGUUUCUGACAAUGAUGGCAAGAAAAAUGAAAGAUACAGAUAGCGAAGAAGAAAUUAGAGAAGCGUUCCGUGUGUUUGACAAGGAUGGUAACGGUUACAUUAGUGCUGCAGAACUUCGUCAUGUGAUGACAAAUCUUGGGGAGAAGCUAACAGAUGAGGAAGUUGAUGAAAUGAUUAGGGAAGCAGACAUUGAUGGUGAUGGUCAAGUAAACUAUGAAGAGUUUGUACAAAUGAUGACAGCGAAGUGAAGACGUUGUACAGAAUGUGUUAAAUUUCUUGUACAAAAUUGUUUAUUUGCCUUUUCUCUGUUUGUAACUUAUCUGUAAAAGGUUUUUCCCUUACUGUCAAAAGAAUAUGCAUGUAUAGUAAUUAGAAGGCCAUUCCUCCAUGUUUUUCUCCUUUAUCUUACUGUCAUUGUUCUGAUUUUUGGAAAAUUGAUCUAAGUAACAAAUGUUGCAUGUGGCUUACUCUGGAUAUUUAAGCCCUUCUGCACAUCUAAAGUUAGAUGGAGUUGGUUAAAUGAGGGAACAUCUGGAUUGUUUAAAAAUAACUUUCUCUAGGAGACUUAGGUAUGACUAGUGUAACAAGUUACGUAAAGUAAGUUAGGUUUUACCAUGCAUUAGCAGGUCCUUAAAGCAAGAUGCUGACUCUAGUUUUCCAGUGUGCAAGAGUUUAUUCUGUUUUUGAUUGAGGUUAAAGAUGCCUACGGUUGACAGCAGGGUAAAACCACAUGAACAGCAUAUGUGGCUAAUGCACUGUAAAAAGUAUUCUAACUUACUUCAUAGUAACUUGUUGGUGGCCAUACCUGUAACAUGUUGUUGAAAUGUGGAGUCUUAACAUUGUGGACGAUUGACAGUCAACAAUAUGAAUCUUAAAAGUUGCACUAAUGCAAAACGGGUGUAUUAUCCAGGUACUCGUACACAAUUUUUUUUGUACUGCUGGUCCUGUACCAGAAAACAUUUUCUCCUCUUGUUACUAUGCUUUUUAAACUUUGUUUAGCCACUUAUUUUCAAAAAAAAAAUCUGCUUAUGGCACGAUUUGCCUCAAAUCCAUUCCAAGUUGUAUAUUUGUUUUCCAAUAAAAAAUUACAAUUUACCCAUA